CACACUACAAAAACCUACAACAUUCCGAAUUUUUCGUCGAUUUUCGAUUGCAGCAACCACCAAACUACACUUCUCCGGUCCUUUUUCUUCGAGAUCUCGAUCGAGGGCGGCACGUGCGCGCGAUGGACAGGGUGACGAGGCUGGCGUCGGAGCGGGCGGUGGUGAUCUUCAGCGUGAGCUCGUGCUGCAUGUGCCACACCGUGAAGACGCUGUUCUGCGACCUGGGCGUCAACCCCGCGGUGUACGAGCUUGACGAGGAAACGCGGGGGCGGGAGAUGGAGAGGGCCCUUGUUCAGCUUCUCGGGCGGAGGCCGCCCGUGCCGGCCGUGUUCAUCGGGGGCAAGCUGGUCGGAUCGACUGACCGGGUCAUGUCCCUUCACCUUGGUGGCAAGUUAGUCCCAAUGCUGAAGGAUGCUGGGGCUCUUUGGCUCUAGAUCUCAGUAUCACACACAUAAAAUUCAAAGCUCACGGUGUAUCAUAUAUAUAUAUAUAUA